AUGUUCUCUGGCACUAAAGGUCCUGGUGAAGUUGAAGCAUUGGAUGGAACCAACCUCCGUGUUCUCAUCGUGCACGCCCGCUGGAAUCCUACCUUAAUCACACCUCUCGUGGAAGGCGCGAAGAAAAAGCUUCUAGAACGUGGUGUGAAGCCAUUGAAUAUAAUUACGCAGAGCGUCCCUGGUAGCUGGGAACUACCCAUAGCCGUUCAACGAUUGUAUGCUGCCUCUCAGGUCCAAGCUUCCUCGGCUCCUUCUGGAGACCUGCUUGGGGGUCUCGGUCGCAGUUCAACUCCAAUCCCCGGCUCCACCUCCGGAACCUCAAGCAAAGGACCGUUCGAUGCUAUCAUUCCCAUCGGGGUGUUGAUAAAGGGUGAUACAGUACACUUUGAACACAUUGCGGAGUCAGUCUCCCGGGGCUUGAUGAGGCUUCAACUGGAUUUUGGUGUCCCAGUUAUCUUUGGGCUGCUGACCGUUCUCAAUGAAGACCAAGCGAAGAAACGCGCUGGGUUAACCGCAGAUGGCCACAAUCACGGGGAAGACUGGGGUGAAGCAGCUGUCGAAAUGGGUGCGAAGCGAAAGCUCUGGGCGGAUGGUAUCAUCGGGUAG